AUGUUCAACUUCAAUCAGACAACGUAUAGAUGGAUGACAAUUGCAGUGAGUAUGUUACUGACAGUGUUGAUAGUACAGAAAUUGUGUCUGAACCAAGAAGCUGAAGAAAAAAUGGUCCGUUAUGAAGACGACCCCAGUGCCAAGGAAGGUCAAGAUUGGAUUGGACCAAAUACAAAACGCCGUAAAUAUACUACAAAUGGAAAAAUUGCGAUAAAUCAAAGCGACUACCUGACAUCAAACUUAAUAAGAGUUUGCGCCGAUAUACAACGUCGCUAUGGAUUUGUCAUUGUACAAUUACUAAACUAUGCAUAUAUAAAUAUGACUAAAAGUUGGAUUUGUAAUCUUGAACAGUUUGAUGAUGUAAUGCAGCGAGUGGUGUUCAUUGCUACUGAUCAGACAACGUAUGACGAGCUAUUUAAAUGGAGACAUUCACUCAACGUUGUAUUUGCGCAAUACGGUUCAGAAAAUGCUUUGCGCUGGGGACAUGUUAGUUACUUUAAAUAUUGUCUUUUUCGAGCUCAAAUAAUUGACGCAUUGUUGAAUCAUAAUAUCUCUGUUUUAAUGACCGAAUCUGACGCUGUUUGGUUUAGCUACCCACUUCAUGCGUUCAAGCCAACAGACGAAGCCGUUGACAUGAUUGUUAACAGCGAUAAAUAUGAAGGAGGCAAUGGCUUUUGCACUUGCCUUUUGUUUCUUAAUGCUACUACCAACACACGUCGUGUAUGGGGCACACUGACCAAAAGAUUAGACCAAAAGUUGUCACAAUUUACAGAAGAAGGCGCUAUCCGCAAAAACGGUUUUGCGCAAGAAAUGUUUUACCGAAUAGUAAUGAACGACGAUGAAAUAGCAACCAGAUUUUUGCCAAAUAAACAAUUCGUUUCUGGGCAGUGGUAUUCCUCGAAAGUUAUACAGAAUGCAGCGGAUCCAAUCAUUUUGCAAAAUAACUUCAUCGCCGGCAAUACUAACAAAAUAAAACGGGCCAUCAAGUGGGGACAUUGGUUUCUCUCUGAAAAUGCAUCUCAUUGCUUGUAA